CGCGAGCGGCAGCCCGGCGCACAGCCGCGCCAGCUCGGCCCUCGGCGCGCGGCCCCGGGCUCGGAGCUGCCCGCACGCAGGCGGCCGGCGCCUCCCGAGUUAGGCGCACACUCGGGCUCCGCGGGCGCGCCAGGCGGGGCAGCGCUCGGGACCCUCGCCCCGCGCCCGCACCACGAGUUCCGUACUUUCGCGCCUGUGGCGCUUCGGGAGUCGCCUGUGGGGCUUCGGGAGUCGGCGGUGGCGCUUCAGGAGUCGGCGGCGGCGCCUCAGGAGUCGGCGGUGGCGCUCCAGGAACCCGCUGUGCGCUGGCACUUGCGGAGCCCACUGCGCGUUGGCGCUUCAGGAGCCGCCGUGGGCACUUCGGGAGUCGGCGGUGGCGCUUCUGGAGCCGGCCGCGCCGAGCUGCAGAGUCUCCCCGCGCCCUCGGACCCACGCUCGUGCGCCCACCACAGCGGCCGGGGCGGCCGGCGCGGACGCGGCAUGCGGACGCUCUGGACGCGCCUGGCGACUUUGGCCGCACUUUGGCUAAGUGCGGCGGGGCAGGCGUUCUCAGGUGGUUGCCUCUUUGAUGAACCCUAUGGCACAUGUGGAUAUAGUCAAGCUGAAGAUGAUGACUUCAACUGGGAGCAAGUGAACACCUUAACCAAACCAACUUCCGAUCCAUGGAUGCCAUCAGGUUCUUUCAUGUUGGUGAAUACAUCUGGAAGACCUGAGGGUCAGAGAGCCCACCUCCUCUUGCCUCAGCUAAAAGAAAAUGAUACUCACUGCAUUGAUUUUCACUAUUUUGUGUCUAGCAAGAGUAAUUCUGCUCCUGGAUUACUCAAUGUCUACGUGAAGGUCAAUAAUGGACCAUUAGGGAAUCCAAUCUGGAAUGUAUCUGGAGACCCAAUGCGUACAUGGAACAGGGCAGAAUUGGCCAUUAGCACUUUUUGGCCCAACUUUUAUCAGGUGAUCUUUGAAGUAAUAACUUCGGGACAUUCAGGUUACAUCGCUAUUGAUGAAGUGAAGGUCUUAGGACAUCCAUGUACCAGGACUCCCCACUUCCUGCGGAUCCAGAACGUGGAGGUGAAUGCCGGCCAGUUUGCCACCUUCCAGUGCAGUGCCAUCGGCAGGACUGUGGCAAGUGACAGGCUCUGGUUACAGGGAAUUGAUGUACGAGAUGCUCCUCUGAAGGAAAUCAAGGUGACAAAUUCUCGAAGGUUCAUAGCUUCAUUUAGUGUUGUCAAUACCACCAAACGAGAUGCUGGAAAAUACCGCUGUAUGAUUUGCACUGAAGGAGGUGUUGGAAUAUCAAACUAUGCAGAGUUGGUAGUUAAAGAACCCCCUGUCCCAAUUGCUCCACCUCAGCUUGCCUCUGUGGGAGCAACGUACCUGUGGAUACAACUCAAUGCCAACUCCAUCAAUGGAGACGGACCGAUUGUGGCCCGAGAGGUGGAAUACUGCACAGCAAGUGGGAGCUGGAAUGACCGGCAACCGGUGGAUUCCACAAGUUACAAAAUUGGGCACCUGGACCCAGACACAGAGUAUGAGAUCAGCGUGCUGCUCACCAGGCCGGGGGAAGGCGGCACCGGCUCUCCUGGGCCUGCUCUCAGAACUAGAACAAAGUGUGCUGAUCCUAUGCGUGGCCCAAGAAAACUGGAAGUAGUAGAAGUCAAAUCUCGACAAAUCACUAUCCGCUGGGAGCCAUUUGGGUACAACGUGACUCGAUGCCACAGUUAUAAUCUCACAGUCCACUACUGUUACCAAGUUGGAGGUCAAGAACAAGUACGCGAAGAAGUGAGCUGGGAUACAGACAAUUCACACCCUCAACAUACGAUCACUAACCUCUCACCGUAUACCAAUGUGAGUGUGAAACUCAUCCUCAUGAAUCCCGAGGGCCGGAAGGAAAGUCAAGAACUCAUAGUGCAGACCGAUGAAGAUUUGCCAGGUGCUGUUCCUACUGAAUCUAUUCAAGGAAGUACCUUUGAAGAGAAGAUAUUUCUUCAGUGGCGAGAACCAAUUCAAACAUAUGGUGUCAUCACUUUGUAUGAGAUCACCUACAAAGCAGUCAGUUCCUUUGACCCAGAAAUAGAUUUAUCUAAUCAAAGUGGACGAGUUUCAAAACUGGGAAAUGAAACCCAUUUUCUAUUUUUUGGACUGUAUCCGGGGACCACAUAUUCCUUUACCAUUCGAGCUAGCACAGCUAAGGGAUUUGGACCUCCAGCAACAAAUCAGUUCACCACCAAAAUUUCAGCACCCUCCAUGCCAGCUUAUGAGCUCGAGACCCCUUUGAAUCAGACUGACAGUACGGUGACGGUCCUUCUGAAGCCUGCACACAGCAGAGGCGCGCCUGUCAGUGUCUACCAGAUAGUUGUUGAGGAAGAACGCCCACGCAGAUCUAAAAAGACAACAGAAAUCUUAAAGUGCUACCCAGUGCCAAUUCACUUCCAGAAUGCUUCAAUCCUGAACUCUCAGUACUACUUUGCUGCAGAAUUCCCAGCAAACAGCCUCCAAGCUGCUCAGCCCUUUACUAUUGGUGAUAAUAAGACAUACAGUGGAUAUUGGAAUACUCCUCUUCUCCCACAUAAAAGCUACAGAAUUUAUUACCAAGCUGCUAGUAGAGCGAAUGGGGAAACCAAAAUAGACUGUGUUCGAGUGGCCACAAAAGCUGCGAUAAUCGUGACUCAGCUUACAACACCUUACAUUCGCAUCGCCCCUGCUGCAGGCGACGACCAGCUGACAGGAGCUGCCACUCCAAAACCAGUCCCAGAACCUGAGAAACAAACAGACCAUACAGUUAAAAUUGCUGGAGUCAUUGCUGGAAUCUUGCUGUUCGUUAUUAUAUUUCUUGGAGUUGUGCUGGUAAUGAAGAAAAGGAAACUAGCCAAGAAGCGGAAGGAGACGAUGAGCAGCACCCGGCAGGAGAUGACUGUGAUGGUGAACUCCAUGGACAAGAGCUAUGCUGAGCAAGGCACAAACUGUGACGAGGCGUUCUCAUUCAUGGACACUCACAAUCUAAAUGGGAGAUCUGUGUCUUCACCAUCAUCCUUUACAAUGAAAACGAAUACACUGAGCACCUCGGUACCUAAUUCCUAUUAUCCAGACCCAUUUGUGCCAACUGCAAUUUUAGACGAGACCCACACGAUGGCCAGUGAUACCAGCAGCCUAGUGCAGUCCCACACUUACAAGAAGCGGGAGCCGGCCGACGUGCCCUACCAGACCGGGCAGCUUCACCCCGCAAUCCGGGUGGCAGAUUUACUCCAACAUAUCACACAGAUGAAGUGUGCAGAGGGCUACGGCUUCAAGGAGGAGUAUGAGAGCUUUUUUGAAGGGCAGUCUGCACCAUGGGAUUCUGCUAAGAAAGAUGAGAACAGAAUGAAGAACAGAUAUGGGAAUAUCAUUGCAUAUGAUCAUUCCCGGGUGAGGCUGCAGACCUUAGAAGGAGACACCAACUCAGAUUAUAUCAAUGGAAAUUACAUCGAUGGUUAUCAUCGACCCAAUCAUUAUAUUGCUACCCAAGGACCCAUGCAGGAGACCAUCUAUGAUUUCUGGAGGAUGGUGUGGCAUGAAAACACAGCGAGUAUAAUCAUGGUGACCAACCUGGUGGAAGUGGGGAGGGUCAAAUGCUGCAAAUACUGGCCAGAUGACACAGAGAUAUAUAAAGACAUUAAAGUCACCCUAAUAGAAACAGAACUACUGGCAGAAUAUGUAAUCAGAACAUUUGCUGUUGAAAAGGGAGGGGCCGGAAGUGAAGCAAACUGCAGUCCAGCCAGAGAAGUGUCACAGCUCCUGACGGUGCUCAGGGGACCAUAUGGGAUGCCGGAGUCUGAACCUGGAUCUGCCACAUGCAAGAGGGGCGUGCACGAAAUCCGGGAGAUCAGACAGUUUCACUUCACUGGCUGGCCAGAUCACGGGGUCCCCUACCAUGCCACGGGCCUGCUGGGAUUCGUCCGGCAGGUCAAAUCCAAGAGCCCACCCAAUGCAGGCCCAUUGGUGGUGCACUGCAGUGCUGGUGCAGGAAGGACUGGCUGCUUCAUUGUCAUCGACAUCAUGUUGGACAUGGCAGAAAGGGAAGGGGUCGUGGACAUCUAUAACUGCGUCCGGGAGCUGCGGUCUCGGCGAGUGAACAUGGUGCAGACGGAGGAGCAAUAUGUAUUCAUCCAUGAUGCCAUCUUGGAAGCCUGUCUCUGCGGAGAUACCUCUGUCCCCGCUUCCCAAGUCCGGUCUCUGUAUUAUGAUAUGAACAAACUGGAUCCCCAAACAAACUCAAGCCAGAUUAAAGAGGAAUUCCGGACCCUGAACAUGGUGACGCCCACGCUGCGCGUGGAAGACUGCAGCAUCGCGCUCCUGCCACGGAACCACGAGAAAAACCGGUGCAUGGACAUCCUGCCCCCCGACCGCUGCCUGCCCUUCCUCAUCACCAUCGACGGCGAGAGCAGCAACUACAUCAACGCCGCCCUCAUGGACAGCUAUAAACAGCCGUCAGCUUUCAUAGUCACUCAGCAUCCUUUGCCAAACACAGUCAAAGACUUCUGGAGACUGGUCCUAGAUUACCACUGCACAUCUGUCGUUAUGCUGAAUGAUGUGGAUCCUGCCCAGUUGUGUCCACAGUACUGGCCAGAGAAUGGAGUACACAGACAUGGCCCCAUCCAGGUUGAGUUUGUUUCCGCUGAUCUAGAAGAGGAUAUUAUCAGCAGAAUAUUCCGUAUUUAUAAUGCAGCCAGGCCCCAAGACGGCUAUCGGAUGGUGCAGCAGUUCCAGUUCCUGGGCUGGCCAAUGUACAGGGACACUGCAGUGUCUAAGCGCUCCUUCCUGAAGCUUAUUCGCCAAGUGGACAAGUGGCAAGAGGAGUACAACGGCGGGGAGGGCCGCACAGUCGUGCACUGCUUGAACGGGGGAGGCCGAAGUGGGACAUUCUGUGCCAUCAGCAUCGUCUGCGAGAUGCUCCGGCAUCAGAGGACAGUGGAUGUCUUCCAUGCUGUGAAGACACUGAGGAACAACAAGCCCAAUAUGGUGGAUCUUCUGGAGCAGUAUAAGUUCUGCUACGAGGUGGCGCUGGAAUACUUGAACUCUGGCUGACGGCAUUACCAGCUCCGUGAACAAACCCUUUCAUCUCACAAAGCCAAGAUGUUUGGUGGUAUUUGUGUCGAUGAGAUGAAGACUUCGCAAUAUGCUUAUUUUGCUUUGCAUAAUUGGCUCUUUUUAAGAGCCCGAGAAAGUGUUUAUAAAACUGCUUGCACUGCCCAAUUCCCAGUAAUGCUGCUGCCUGACAAACACACACACAGCAUACAGUCGUCAAAUACUGUACUCCUGGCAUCAGCUUGUUCGAGCAGCGUCGACAUCUGGUAAAUUGAAGAGCACAAUUAUAUUCUUAUGAAGGAAUUUGUACCUUUGGGGUAUUAUUUUGUGGCCCGUGAACCUUUGUUAUUGUUGAAGCUGAGUGUACAUUUUUGUUCUGUGGAGAAUGCUACCUAGCAUUAUGAUAAUAUAUUCUUUUAGUUAAUAUUUGUACUUUAACAUUGUUGAAUAAUAAAAGCUUAUGUAGCUUUCCAAGACUAACAGAUAAACGCAUAAUGAACAAAGAUCUGUUGUAUGAGCUAUUGUUUCUAUCCGAUUUAUAUUGUUUCCCAGGGAAAGGCUUGGGAAGAAUUCAAUGAAAAAUUGCAAAGCCCAACGAUCAGAUUCACGGAUCCAAAGCUUUUCUGUUUGUUUAUAUUGUAAAUAUUUUUGAUUUCAUCAAAUUAUUUAUUCAUUAAAAGAAAUUUUUGUGAAGCACAA